AUGGGUGGUAUUGUCAUCGGUCUUCUAACACUCUUCUGGCGAGGCUUUCACCUACGAUGCCCUGAUUACUCCGGUCGUGGAACUCACGCCAAUUACGCUAUUGCAGGAAUCCACGACCACACAAUCAACUUGCCUUUCGGUCCUGUUAACGACAAUGCCAGCAACGGCACUCUCUGGGACCCAACUGGGAACUACUAUGCGUACAGCUACGACAACAUGAGGAAUAGCUUCACACCGCAUGAUUCGGGCUACCCUGUCAACUGGCUAUACUCCAACGGCCAAUGGGGUGACAUGCAACUUGCUGGGCCAGAUGGUGUCUUUGCUGAGUACAAAUACACCGGUGGCCCUAAUGGGCCCAAGUUUAAGCACCUUGUCCGCUCAAACGUGUCCCAAUGGCGGUACCUGCAAUGUGCUUGA